AACACGUGCAGUAGUGAAUUAAAAAAAAUAUUAACAAAAAUACAUUUUUUGUAAGACAAAUGUGUCAAAAAUGAUUUCUGUGAAUACACGAAAACCCACCGAAGUCCAUAAAUCAUGGAAAAAAAUUAAUGAAGAACGUAAAGCUUUGAAAAAAGAACGCAAACAAGAAAAGUUACUGAAAGAGUUGGUAAAACAAGAGAAUCUUGAAAAGGAAGAGCAGGAUAAGAAAUUGACAAAAUCAAACAAAUCUAGUGAAACUAAAGCCAAUCCAUCUACCAUAUCUAUAGCCGUUCCUGGUUCGAUAUUGGAAAAUGCACAGUCUGUGGAAUUGAGAACAUAUGUGGCUGGACAAAUUGCCAGAGCUGCUUGCAUCUAUCGGGUAAAUGAAGUGAUUGUAUUCGAUGAUAUCGGUUUGGCAACGGCUCGUGAGACAAAACGUAACUAUGAUAUGGAUGAUGAUGAUGCCGAUGGGGAUACUUCUCAUACGGUGCGCAGUAGUUGCUUACAGCUGGCUCGUAUUUUGCAAUACUUGGAAUGUCCACAAUAUUUACGAAAGUUCUUCUUUCCCUUGCACAAAGAUUUAAAAUAUUCCGGUUUAUUAAAUCCUCUUGAUGCUCCUCAUCAUCUGCGUCAGCAGAAUAUUUUCCGCUACCGUGAAGGCAUUGUAACAGAGAAGCCAGCGAAACCGGGUCAUUCAUAUGUCAAUGUUGGUCUUCUAAAUGAUGUAUUGGUUAAUAAAGCUUUAGAGGCUGGCUUGAGAGUAACCGUGAAAUUGGAUAAUACCAAGGAGCACGUACGCAAACAAAGAGGAACCGUUGUUAGUCCCGACGAGCCACGCCGUGAAACUGGAGUAUAUUGGGGUUAUACUGUGCGCAUUGCACAUACUAUGUCGGAUAUAUUUACCAAAUCGCCCUAUACCGGUGGAUAUGAUUUAACAAUUGGUACAUCAGAUCGUGGUGCAAAUGUUCAGGAAAUACCAGCCAAAUCCCUGAAAUUUAACCAUGUACUCUUGGUGUUUGGCGGCCUACAGGGUCUGGAGUCAGCUUUAUCAAAUGAUGAUAAAUUGCAAGUAGAUGAUCCCGAACUGCUAUUCGAUAACUACAUUAAUGUGCUGCCCAAACAAGGCUCCCGAACCAUAAGGACCGAAGAGGCAAUACUAAUAGCAAUGUCAGCCCUACAGGAAAAAUUAGAUGCCGCAAAUAAUGAUGUGGAAGAAGAACUAAUCAAAGAGGCUUUGCCACGCAGUGAAGAUACCGGUGGUAUAAUACCUCGACCAGGCGAGUCUAAAAUGGCCAAAAAACGUAAACGUAUGGAAGAAAAACAAUCAAAGGUUGAUGAAGUUAUGCCAGCACAAAUACAGCAAGAAGAAAAAUUGCCACAAAUAAGCGAAGAGGUCAAAGCGCCUAGUGAACCAGUUCCAGAAAAGAAAUCCAAGAAUAAUCCAUUUAAAAAGCCACAAAUUGUUGCAGUUUCAGGCGUUAAUAAUGAUGAAAAUUAUGAUAUCGAUUUUGAAGUUGUGCCGGUUGGUAAAUCAGAAACUUCCACUACAAAAACUGCUUCUUCUGCAGAUGAUCUAAGUAGAUUCGAUUAAUCCGUGCAAAUAAAUUAAACAAUAUGAAACUAAAAUAAUUUGUAUCUUAAAUAUACAAAUAAAGUUAAAUUAAACAACAAA